CAAACAGCUGCCACUUUGGCGCAGCUUUCAACGACUCUCACUGCUUGGCUUUGGUCCAUAUGCCACCGCCGCCAGGACCCCAUCAUGGCGAUCAUCGACGUCCUCAGUAUUUCCGUCACCGUUGAAAUCAACGGUGAGACAGCCACGGAGUACAACCCGAUCCCUCCCGCCGAAGCUGAUGGGCGACCAUGAACAUGACGGGACCCCUCACGUUGUCAAGUAUAUUGAGGCCAAGUCUGGCGCCAGCUUCGCCUUUCGACUCAACAGCUUAGGUUAUCACAUCACUGGGGACAAGAACCGUACGUACGAAUAGUCUACAAGCUAUGUCAAAGCGCAUCUUCUUGUAGAUGGCACAAGAUUGAAGGUCCACGGAGGAGGCGUUUGGUACAACGAUCACUAUCAGUCCUGACCUCUUACGUCUGUGCCGACAAACACGCCGCCGGGGAUGUUAAUCAAUAUGCUGUGGGAUAAAGGACUCAACCGUCAUCUGCCGUUUACAUUUGGCAAUCUUGACGUGGGAACCAAAAAGACCAAGAAAUAUGGGACCUUUAUUGUCGAACUCUUCAACCACAUUGGAACAAUCGAGUCACGAAAAAAGAAUCGGUUUGAGGGGCCAACUGCUAUUUCCUCACUGCCAUCAGAAACCAUCCCGCAACAAGCCGCAACAAAAGCGCUUGAUGGCAAAGCCUUGAAUUGUCGGGCCACCUUUCAACCUGUACUAUCCCGGCUAAGGACUAGCAUAACAUUACGCGACGGCGCGAUGAUGGACCCCUGGGAGCGACCUUUUGCACGAUACGAGUUUCCCUAUCGUCUCAAGGACGGCCUCAUCAAAAAAGGUAUCAUUCCCGAGCCCUCCCUCGAAGAACAAGUUGCUCAGAUGAGUGACGAGAAGAGGAAGGAGGCGCUGCUCAAGGCUUUGAAGCGCGAAAAGGAACAAGAGGAGGAGAUUGAGACUCUCGCGACAUCAAGACAAUCAAGCGAGAGAGGGACGAGAGUGACGACGAUUCCAAGAAUGACCCAUGCCGAUGCCAGACGAACCAACACAAGAGGACCAGGCGAGUGUCCUGCACAGAGAUUCUGA